AUGGAUAAAGAAAUUCAAAAUAUUGAGUAUUUAGAUAUAUUCCCUACAAUUAAGCAUUAUGAUUGGGGUGUUCUUGGUAAGAAUUCUAUGGUUUAUUCACUUUCUAAACAUACUAGAGAUUUAAAUUAUUCAUCUAAAGAGAUCUCAUUACCAUUUGCAGAACUUUGGUAUGGCACACAUAAAUCUGGUCCUAGUUUUGUUUAUAUAAAUGAUGGAAAUAUAAUUAAUCUAAAUAAAGCUUUAAAUAAUUUGGAUAAUGAUUUUCUGGGUAUUUCAUAUACUAAUAAAUCAUUUAUUAAUAAUACACAAGAAAGAUUAGAUCUUAAUAAUUUAAAUAAUAAUUAUGUAUUACCAUUUCUAUUAAAAAUUUUAUCUAUAUCAAAACCUUUAUCUUUACAGGUUCAUCCUAAUCAUAAUGUUGCAAAAGAACUUUUUAAUGAACAACCAAAUAUUUAUUUAGAUCCAAAUCCUAAACCUGAAAUUGCUAUAGCUUUAACUAAAUUUGAGGCAUUAUGUGGUUUUAGAAAAUAUGAAGAUAUAAUUGAAACUUUAAAAGAAUAUCCAGAAUUAUCUUUAUAUUUAAAUCUUGAUCAUAAUAAUAAUAAUAAUUCUAACAUAUCUUCAAAAACUAAUAGUGAAUUAUUGAAAUAUAUAUUUACAAAAUUAUUAAAUAUAUCUGAUUCUACAAUUAUUAUAAUAUUAAAAUCUAUUAUUCACAAACUUGAAAAAAAAAGUGAAAAAGAUAUAAAUAUUAUUGAUUCUUUAAUAUUAAGAUUACAUACCUAUUUCCCAUAUGAUUUUGGAAUUAUUAGUCCAAUUUUCUUAAAUUAUUUCCAAUUAGAACCUGGUGAUUCAUUAUUUAUUGGAGAUGGAACUAUUCAUUCUUAUUUAUUAGGAGAAUGUGUAGAAUGUAUGGGUAAUUCUGAUAAUGUAAUUAGAUGUGGUUUAACUACAAAAUAUAAAGACAAAAAUACAUUAUUACGUGCAUUAAAUUUUGAUAAUAAUACUUUUUAUUUCUGGAAACAAUGUGAAACUCAAAUAUGUAAUUAUUAUCUAAAUACUAAAUUAGAAUUAAAUCAUAUAAAUUCUAAUCUUUUAUAUUUUCUUCAUACAGAAAAUCUUAAUUUCACUACUCCAAUUAUAAAUGAUUAUAAAAUAUAUUCAAUUAAUCAAUUUCAUAUACAAAAAUUAAAUUUUGUUAAAUCAAAUUCUAUAUUUAAAAAAAAGUUAUCUUCUACAUCUCCAAUUAUUAUAUUAUGUAUAAAUGGACAAGGAGAAAUCUUUCUUAAUAAAUCACAAUCAAUUGUGAAAUUAUAUCAAGGUAAAUGUAUUAUUAUAUCUGCAAAUUCAGAUAUUAUCAUUAAAUCUAGUAAUUAUUUACUUAUCAUAAUAGUUUAUUCACCAUAA